GUCGGAGUGCAAAGACCGAGCAGCGCCACUGCAGAACAGCGAAUCGUGGGGAUAUCGAUUUUUAGGAUUGUGGUGUCUUGGUUCCCUAGUUUUAGUGAAUUUUGAUGGUUAAUUUUGUGAAUGAAAUUCUUAUGUAAGUCAAGACGAUAAGGAAGCACCUGUUUAAAACGGCCGAAAGAUGACGAAGGAUAGGUUAGCAGCGUUGAAAGCGGCUCAAAGCGACGAUGAUGACGUCGGGCCUGACGAUGUUGCAGUCAACGUCGAUGGCUUUAUGGAUGAAUUUUUUGCCGAGGUUGAAGACAUACGAGAAAUGAUAGAUCGGAUCGAGUCUAAUGUGGAAGAGAUCAAGAAAAAACACAGCGCUAUCCUAUCAGCGCCACAGACUGAUGAGAAGGUGAAGCAAGAACUGGAUGAUCUGAUGGCAGACAUCAAGAAAUCUGCGAAUAAAGUUCGCGCCAAAUUGAAGGUGAUAGAGAACAAUAUUGAGCAAGAAGAGCAUGUAAACAAGUCUUCAGCGGACUUGCGAAUACGCAAAACUCAACAAGCCACACUCUCCAGAAAAUUCAUUGAGGUCAUGACAGAGUACAACCGAACUCAAACUGACUACAAUCAGAAACUCAAAGACAGAUUACAACGACAGCUAGAAAUUACUGGCAAAAAGACAACAAAUGAAGAGCUUGAUGAAAUGUUAGAGUCCGGAAAUUCUGCUGUCUUUACAGAGGGGAUCAUUAUGGAAACUCAGCAGGCCAAACAGACUUUGGCGGAUAUUCAGGCGCGGCACGCUGAUAUUAUCAAGCUGGAAAAUUCCAUCAGAGAGUUGCACGACAUGUUCAUGGACAUGGCGAUGUUGGUUGAGAGCCAGGGUGAGAUGAUUGAUCGCAUUGAGUACCAUGUUGAACACGCUGUUGACUAUGUUCAAACUGCCACACAAGACACCAAGAAAGCUCUAAAAUACCAAAGUAAAGCCAGACGGAAAAAGAUACUCAUCAUUAUCUGCCUAUCGGUACUGCUCAUCAUUUUGAUUAUCGUUCUUAGUCAGUGAGUGCACUGGUUUUGAAGCCGCGCGAUUUAGAGAGAAAAAAAAAUAUCGAUGCCAAAAUGAUAUUUAGUGCUGUGGAGAACUGUCAUGGACUCGAUUAUUACAUAAACCAUCAGUGCUGCGCCCCAGACUGCUUCCUUGGCUGCCAUCGGUCGCGAUCUGUUCUGUAUGACAUUUGUGCGGUCUUUGUUGAUAUUUAUUUAAGUGACAGUGCUUUAAAAGGUCGGCGAGAAUUUGAUGAAGAGAAAUUUAAUUGGUCGGUAUGAUGAUGUUGCGGGCAUGGGUUUUUUUAUGCAGCAAUAACGAGAAAUAGCUUAAAACAGCCGCUUUACCUUUAAUUAUUACAUUUAUCGUUCCAAUUCAAUUUUAGCUCUGUGAAGCUAGCAAGUAAUGUUCAUUAAUCUAGUCUAGGAAUGAGAAUCUCUGUUUAUUAAUAUACGUCUACCUACUGACGUCAUGUCCCACGUUGGAUAGUUUUUGGACAAUUCAUGUUAUUACAUACGAGUGCAUUUUGAAACCGAAUCUCUUGUUGAGCGGCGUUAAUUAUUUAAUAUUAAAUAUUACAUCAAACUCUGCUGCCAAAUGAUCCAUAAAGGUAACCUCGUUGCCGUGUUAUAUUUUUUCGUUCAAAAUCUGCAUUAUAGUGUGCCUAUGUAUUCUACAUUCUUUUAAAAUUAUUUUCGUCUAAAUUAUCUUUUUUUUUUUUGCUUUCUCAUUUUAUUAUUUGCUACAUAUUUAUUUAUUUGAAAUCCAUUAAAAAAAAACAUAAUUUUUCGAAGAAA